UUUGGCCAGCACUGUAAGGUUGGCAGGCAGCCACCAUUCACCAUCACUUUCCAAGUGUCUGUCUACUCAUCGUUCAACAAUGUCUGACGUCGCCGUUGCCGAGACUCCAGCUGUGAAGACCCCAACCAAGGCUCCAAAAGCCAACGCUACCAAGGUGCCAAAGGUUAAGACCGCUGCUGCUCAUCCUCCAUUCAUCAAUAUGGUCACUGCCGCUAUCAGCAGCCUCAAGGAGCGCAAGGGAUCCUCGAAGAUUGCUAUCCUGAAAUACAUCACCGCCAACUACAAGCUCGGAGAUCAAGUUAAAAAGAUUAACUCCAACCUCCGAUCUGCCCUCAAAAAGGGAGUUGCCAGCAAGGCCCUCGUCCAAACCGUCGGAACUGGAGCCACCGGGCGAUUCCGUGUCGCUGAGAAGACUGCCGCCACCGCCAAGAAGCCAACGGUGAAAAAGGCCGCCACCGGGGAGAAGGUUAAGAAGACAGUUGUCAAGAAAACAGUCGCCAAGAAGACCGGAGACAAGGUGAAGAAGGCCAAGUCACCAAAGAAGAUCGCCAAGCCAGCUGCCAAGAAGGCCACCAAGUCCCCAUCCAAGAAAGUUGCUCCAAAGAAGGCUGCUGCCAAGCCAGCCAAAAAGACCGCUGCUCUAAAAGCCUAAUACCAUUGUGUGAUUUAUCAAAUUUAAUUCGAUCUCACCAUUUUAGUAUACCUCCCUCUCUUGUAGGUGCCCCUAAUACUGGUUUUUCUGCAUUUAAUAAUUUGUUCGAUUUUCACCAAAAUACCUUCCAAUAAAUCAGUUAAUAACACA